GGGGCGCUGGCUAAGUCGGACAUUUGCAGCGUCAGAUUUGGAGCAAGGCAAGGCAAGCUCGAACCCCUCCCCUCAACGCCCCGCCAUUUCUAGCUUUGGGCAAUAAAGUACCUUCCCCCAACAACCACAACAUCAACAUCCUCUCAAGCAAAAUGGCAGAAGUAGACCAGUUCGAUAGUGCCCUGUAAGUUCCCACCCAUCCCUCGAAUCGCUCAUCCGACGCUUCGUCAGCUAAUGCCAUUCCCUCUCCCCAGCGACCUCCUCCGUCGUCUCGAUCCAAAACACACCACCACACACCUGAACUCCCUCAUUAACCUCGUCCCCUCCCUGACGGAAGACCUUCUCUCCUCUGUCGAUCAGCCUCUCACUAUCUCGCGAUGUCGUAAAACCGGUCGUGAUUAUCUUCUCUGCGACUACAACCGGGACGGCGAUUCCUACCGCUCACCAUGGAGCGGGGAAUUUGAGAAUCCGGCUGGAGGCACCGGUCUAGGGGGUGCAGAUGACUUUGGAAACAAUGAGGGCGCGGGAGAAGGGGCGGUUCCCAGUGAGAGAGUGAGGGCGAUGGAGGUUCGAGCUAACGAGGCCUUUGAUGUUUAUCGGGAGUUGUAUUAUGAGGGGGGCGUUAGUAGUGUUUACUUUUGGAAUUUGGAUGAUGGGUUUGCGGGCGUCGUGCUUUUGAAGAAGGGUUCGUUUUCUCCUCUUCUCUUUUAUACAACUGUUCCAAAUGUUACAGUAUUGGAUUUGGGAAGUGUUUUGGGGCUUUACUGAUCUAAGAGCAGUCGCAACACCAAACUCUGCCUCAGAAGGAACCUGGGACUCGAUCCACGUCUUUGAGGCUAUUGAUCGCUCCCGAACUGCCCAUUACAAACUCACUUCUACUGUCAUUCUUCAUCUCUCUACCACCUCUGACGCUCUUGGUGAGAUGGACCUGAGCGGAAACAUGACGAGACAGAUUGAGAGCGAUUUACCAGUUGAUGACGACACGAGUCACAUUGCAAAUAUUGGCAAGCUGGUUGAGGAUAUGGAGUUAAAGAUGAGAAAUCUGCUGCAAGAGGUUUAUUUUGGGAAGGCAAAGGAUGUGGUGGGUGAUCUGAGGAGUAUUGCUGAUUUGAGCGGAGAGAAGAAAGAGAGGGAGAGUCAUAGAGAGAUGAUAAACAGUAUGAAGCGGUGA